GAGAGCUGAAGGAUCAGAUCAAACACACACACACCUCCUACUAAAGAGAGUCGUUUUUCUAUGAUUGAAGCCGUCCUAAAGUUGUGUUAGGCACAACGUUACGUCUAAAUCUUCUCAUAAAUUCUAGAAAGCUAAAGUUAAAGUUAUUUUGUACUUGUCAAGCGCGUGUGAGAUUUGCCCGUCACUCAUGAAGGUAGAGGAAGAGCUUAGGAGCGGCGGCGGAGCGGUGACCGGUGCUCGGGGCACCAACGACUGCUGCAUCACCAGACUGCUGAGCGUCGUUGAGAGCGAGUUACAGGCCGGCCGAGAGAAGGGAGACCCCACUGAGAAACAGCUCAAAGUCACCCUGGAAGAUUCCGAACUCUGGAGGAAAUUCAAAGAAGUGACCAAUGAGAUGAUUGUGACCAAGAACGGCAGGAGGAUGUUUCCAGUUCUGAAAGUCAGCGUGACGGGUCUGGAUCCCAACGCCAUGUAUUCGUUCCUGCUGGACUUCAGCCCUGCAGACGGUCACCGCUGGAAGUACGUGAACGGCGAGUGGGUUCCUGCGGGCAAACCUGAGCCUCACAGUCACAGCUGCGUCUACAUCCACCCCGACUCACCCAACUUCGGUGCCCACUGGAUGAAGGCCCCGGUGUCCUUCAACAAAGUCAAACUAACCAACAAACUCAAUGGAGGCGGACAGAUCAUGCUGAAUUCUCUCCAUAAGUACGAGCCUCAGAUUCAUAUUGUUCGUGUAGGAGGCAGCCACAGGAUGGUCACCAACAUCUCUUUCACAGACACGCAGUUCAUCGCUGUAACAGCCUACCAGAAUGAAGAGAUAACUGCACUGAAGAUAAAGCACAAUCCAUUUGCCAAAGCUUUCCUUGAUGCAAAGGAAAGGAGCCAUCCUAAGAAUCAUCUCGAACUGCCAGCUGAAAACCAGCAUAUGGGCAUCCCGCACUGCGGAUGGUUCAUAUCAAAUCCCGACACCCUGUGUUCUGCCAGUGGUGGGAACUUUCCGUACCCAGGAGGUUUACCGCUCACUCCCCAUCAUGGGUACAAACACUACCCAGGCCUGCAUGGGCACCGAGCAGCCCCCUACCCAUCACCCUACCUGCCCCGCCAUCAUCACCACCACGGCCAUAACUCAGUGUCUCUAUCUGAGAAUCUGAGUCCAGGUGCUGUGCAGAUGUUCUCUGGUCACGAGGGAUGGACAGGUGUGUCGUCUUCUGGUCCUGCUGCGAUGCUGUCUGUGCAGCCCGCUCCAAGCUCUCCUGGAGCCAGCAGUCAGUAUCCAUGCCUGUGGACUGUGAGCAGUUGCACGGUCUCAUCCAGUCCUCCGGGGGGCAUUGUGAGUGCCACACAUAGCCAGGAGGAGCCCGGAGAUGGAGGCUCCACCUCAACAUCACCCUGCUCUCUGCUGCAGGGCCACGGACCAACCAGCUCUGAGGGUCGUGUGGAUCAAGCCAAUCACAGUAGGGUAGGCGGGUUAAGCUGGCCUUCUGUCUCCACCCACUCAUUUUGAGUGUUCUCGUUUAUUUGCAAAGAAAGAAAUGUACAUGGUCUUUGAAGAUUGUAAGUGUACAGCUGGUUCUGACAUGUCAAUGGUCCUGUCCCAAUUGACUCCAUCAGCCAUUUCUCUGUCUAACUUCUUUUAUCUUUUAUGGUAGAAAAAUUGAAACUGUUUGUGCUUUCAGUGUGUUGUAAACUUGUCGUAAUAUUGUAUUUUGGUAUAUUAUAUUAAGUCAUUGCAAUGGAUCUGAGCACAGCUUUUGUGUUAAUGUUGUCGUCAAAGUCAGUGAUCAUCUAACAGCUGCAGAGGUCAUGGGUUCAAUUCCCAGAGAACACACAUGGUGAUUAAAAAAAGAAAUAAUUCGCAUAAAAGCAUCGGUCCUAUAAUUAUAAAUGUACAUUAACGUUCAAAAG